CUUUGUGAUGGCCACUCAUAUAUCUUGACAUUGUUGUCCUUAAACCAUCACACCAAACUACGUUCAUAUCUAGGAGAUAGAAUGUGUCUUCUUCCUGAGCGGUUUGAUGGCUGCAUGGUCCCAUGGUGUUUAUACUUGCAUACUAUUGUUUGUACAGAUGAAUGUGGUACCUUCAGGUGUUUGGAAAUUGUACUUAUGGAUGAACCAGAUAUGUGGUCCACAAUUAUUUUUUCUGAGGCUGAUUUCUUUUGAUUUCCCCAUGAUGUCAAGCAAAGAGGCACCGAGUUUGAUGGCAGAAAUCCACAGAUGGGAAGUCUGGCAGAAAGAAGAAAGAUUGUCUUUGUGCAAUGGUUCUCUCUGUUCUUCUCUUCCUGUCUUUAUUGGCUAAUGGUGUGCUGAUAUACUUGUAUUUCACUGCAAACACAAUGUUUUGGCAAUGUGAACCAGUCACAAACUGCUCGAAUUCAGGACAUGAACAAGGUAUUCCAAGCUGCUCAUAUGAGGACAUAAAGUCAUUAACUUACUGCCCAGGUUUGCAAGAGCAGUGGUUCAAAGGCAAAGGCAGUUUUUAUGUUUUCUCCAGCCUUUCUAAGAACUGGAGCUCCAGCAAACAGUACUGUCAGGAUCUGGGUGGAGAUCUGGUCAUUGUCAACAACACAGAGGAAAAGGAAUUUCUUGCUCAGAGACAAUGUCUUUCUGGUGAAUCUAGUCUAUACUGGUCUGACAAGAGGGAGGGGAACUGUGCUGUACUUAAAGGACAUACACAAGAGGACAUUUCUUGCUUGAGAGAAGAGAAAAGUAUUUGUGAAAUUCCAUGCCUUCAAUAGACUACUACUACUGAAUUAAACACAGGAUGUUGUAGUUAUAGUAUAAAGUAAAAUUUCCUUUUUAUUUUUGCUUAAUUGCAUUUGUGUUUUUGUUUCUUGUAUUACACUUCUGAUUUGGUUCAUUUUGACAAACAAAAAUGACAAUGCAUACUGUCUUUAACGAUCUCUCUCUCCCGCACGAUACUCUGCAGUCGACCUUUAAACCUCAGCGGCUUGAUUAGCCCAAUACGGGACCGGGUGUGUAUGAUCACGACCCGGCCCCGCCCUCCGCCCUGCCACACAUACCUUAGCAUCUUUCAACAUGUCGAUGUACAUUAAGUAUGUUCGCUUGCUGUCACUUUUAAACCUUUUUAAAAACGAUUUAUUGAUGCCGUUAACGAAGAUGGCAACAAUAAAUUAUAUAAAUAUCCAUUGAAUGAGAGUAGUUGCUUAUUUGGUUGGUAUUAUACAUCAAAUAUCCUAUGCUGCUUUGGAUAAAGCCAAAGAUGCAUUUUACAGAUAGACACAGAAAGUAGAGACAUCUAGCUUAUCAACACUGUAACGUACAGUACUGCACGGAAAUUAUGCAUACCAGCAAAUAUGCGUCUGUCUAAAUGCUUUAAACACACUGAAGUUACAUCUGAUUUUCAGUCCUGCCAUACAGUCUUUAGGUUACGUUUCUAAACCCUCAAUGCAAGAAAGGAUUGGCACACUUGGUCAGACUCCUAACAUGAGGUUUGGUAAUAAGAUUAAAUGAAAAAUAAUUCAGUGGCUGUAUUUUAUUGGAUCAUUUAAAGUGUCAGAUUAAUGACAAAGUGCCGUCUAC